UGGAUUAAAACCAAUUUGAUCUGAUCGGCUUGAUCUUAUAGCUUGACACCAUGAUGACCCUCAUCUACAAACUUGCCUUAUUAUUACUGCUUUCAUAUGACGGGAGUUGCAGCCUUUUGACAAAGGAGCUAGUGAAGAAGUUAUUCCAUGGAGACGAUCCUUAUAAUAGGCACAUUAGACCUGUUAUCAACGAAUCAACACCUACGGAUAUUAAAAUGCUGCUUUUUGUUUCACAAAUUCUCGACAUGGACGAGAGGUUGCAGCAACUGAAGACCAACGUGUGGCUGACUUAUGAAUGGUACGAUGAAUUUCUUCGAUGGGAUCCUGCCGAUUACAACGGACUAACCAGUUUCAAAUUGACCUCUGACCUCGUUUGGAUGCCAGAUAUCGUCAUAUACAACAACGCUGCUGAUGCGUACAAACCUUACAUGUUCAACAAGAUUGUGAAGGUAGAACACGAUGGUCACAUUAACUGGGCAUCGCCAUGUAUCAUCCAGUCCAGCUGUCAGCUUGAUGUUGCAAACUUUCCUUUUGAUUACCAGAACUGUCCAAUCAAGUUUGGUCCUUGGCAACACGAUGGCUCCGAGCUAAUGCUCUCUGGUUCAGGUGAUGAGACUGUAUUCCGUAGUGAUGGGGAAUGGGACAUGGUAGGACUGAAGUACGAGACUAGUUUGAUGUCUUACCCAGAUUCGCCCGAGGCCCAGUAUUAUGACGUCACCUACACAAUCCACAUCAGGAGACGGUCUAUGUAUUACGUAUUCAACCUACUGGUUCCUUGUAUCCUGAUCGCAUCAAUCACUCUCCUUGGUUUUCUACUUCCGGUUGAUUCAGGAGAGAAGGUGUCUCUGGGUAUUACUGUCCUUCUCUCACUCACUGUCUUCCUGCUCCUCAUAGCUGAAUCAAUGCCGCCCUCUAGCGUUGUGCCGAUUAUAGGUCAUUAUUACGUAUCCACGAUGGUCCUCGUAUCAAUCUCUAUCCUCCUAACGGUGUCAGUGAUCAACCUUCACCAUCGUGGACCAUACUGCAAACGAGCUCCAAUGUGGAUCCGUAGGAUCAUUCUUGGCAAUCUUGCAAAGAACCUACGGCUGCAACCUGAUGAUUUCAAGAAUGAGUUUCAUCCACAGAAAAGAGGCUUCCAUGGGAAUGGACACCUUUCGUCUUCCCAACGUACCAGCUUCAGGAGAAGAACCAUAGAGGAAAGGGGCAAGUACCAGUCAGAGAAUAGUCAAGUGAAGCCACCGGAGGACGGAACUAUCCAAAAUGGCGGUCGGAACGAUAACGCAAGCAAGCUGGUGUUACUACGACAGAUGAAUGAUCACAUGCGGUACAUCCGCUUUCAUUUUGAGGACGACGAUAACACCGAGGAUAUCAAGAAUGAAUGGAAACAGAUCGCAUUGGUGAUCGAUCGCCUCUUCGCUAUCUUCUACAUGCUUGGAUCGAUCGGGACUGUCAUGAUCCUCGUAUUCAAGAUAGCUGACUAAUAAUUGGCAUUACUCUCUAAAUUCCGCCGAUUGAAAGUCAAUCUAAUAGCUUGUGGUCAGGGAUCAAUUCAAAUUGGAUCUGAAGUUUCAGUCGGAUUAGGUAAUUCUAUCAGAUUGAAAACUCAAUCCAAAUUUACAUUGGUCCCUGAAGCUGUUUCAAUCUGAUGGAUUUAGAGAGUAAGAUAUUGCUUGAUGCCAUCUUUUGCGGCGUUGCAGGAAAAUUAAAUUCAAUAUCAAAUCAAGCAUACGUCCAAAAAAAAUCAGCACUAUAAUCCUUUGAUUAAAUCCAGAUAUUGUUUGAUAUAUGUUCAAUUGUAACUUAACUUUCUUGCAAUGCCUAAUUAUGUUUGAUUUGCAAUUAAACAUAAGUUUCUGCAAUGCCUAAAGAGGUCUUUUCUUGUGACCAUCAUAACAAACAUUUUAUUCGCUACCUUUCUAACCGUAACGAGGUUUCGUUGAAAUUCGUAUUUUAAAUAGCAGAUCAUGAUUACUUAAAAUACUAUGGACUGGGCUUGAGACGGAUGUCACCUUCAUUGCACGAGUCAAAGACGAGCGGGCAAUGAGCCCAGUUCAUGUCUCAUCCCAAGGAAGUGCGCGGUCUAUACUAGUUAUUUGCAAAUAAGAUCUACUGCAACAGUAUUCGGGAUCUCAAAAUUAUGAUCGCUAUAAGCAUGAGCAAGGUUUUCUCUUAGGUAACGUCAUCUAGAAGUGUUUUCAGUAGUGAUGUUAAAGGGUAAUGACCUCUUUUUUUCAUUUUGUAGUAUAAGCAAAC